GGUACUAAUUUGUCAAUAUCAAAAGCUUUUGAAUUUACUUAAUUACCGCUAAAUGAUACAAUGACGUUCAAAAUAAGACCUCCUCGAUUAAACUACUUACAAAGCAUGACGUCACGCGUGUAAAAUUACCUCAUUAUGGAGUAUGUACCUGAAUCUUUUUUCGUCUUAAACCUUGACUCCGCAAAAUCAAUAAAUUAAUGGGAGGCAGUGAAAAGGUCGCGACCGUGGACUCGCGUUUGAAAUUAUUCGCGGACACUGGACGUUUAGCAAUAAUUUGAUUUAGACCAGUGAGGUUGUGCCGCGCCGAAGUCUGUGCUCAAUGCAGGUGGAGUUUGUCAGCCAUCAUGGUUGCAGUCACUGCGGUGCUUCUGUUCUUGUGUUUUUUGUCGACUGCAGAUCUCCAAGAGGCAGUAGAAGGGGAAUGCUGUUCAGAUCCACAAGCUGACACCCAAAACACAGAACAAGAUGCUCAGCAGGAGUUAGAUGUGGACUUGGAGGAGGCGUGCCCCGAGCUGAGCGGUCAGAUCAUAGGGGGCCGGCCGACAUCCGUCAACAGGCAUCCUUACCAAGUAUCCAUGGUGUUGAACGGAAACUCCUUCUGUGGAGGCUUCAUAGUCAGCAGAGAAUACGUGCUGACAGCUGCUCACUGUGUUCAGAACACAUCUCCAAGUGCGAUCAGACUCCGUGUGGGCAGCACUCGCCGUGACUCGGGAGGCAGGAUAGUGAGGGUCGCCAACAUCACCGUGCACCCUCAGUACGGGCGGCCUCAGUUCGACAACGACAUAGCUGCCUUGAGGCUGGUCAGGCCACUGACCUUCAAUGCCAACAUCAGACCCAUCAGGCUCCCGCAGCCGAGGCAGGCCGUGCCACUGGUCAGGCUCACUGUAACCGGCUGGGGAUUGACGGCUCCCGGUGGCCGCCGUAUCCCACGCACCAUGAUGGAGGCUAACGUUCCCGUGGUUCCUCACUGGCUCUGCAGACUAUCGUAUGGAGAUGCCUUGACUGGGAACAUGUUCUGUGGAGGACACUUCCUCAUAGGAGGUGUGUCGUCUUGCCAGGGCGACUCCGGCGGGCCCGCCGUGUUCCGCGGCACAGCGUUCGGCGUCGUAUCGUUCGCGAGAGGAUGCGCAUUACCGCUAUCACCGACCGUCUUCACAAACCUAGCCUCUCUCAGAAAUUGGAUCACAGACAACACAGGAGUUUAAACAAAAACCAACUCUAUUCUCACAACUGUAGAUACAAAUUUCAGCGAAACUGUGAUAGAUAAAUGUAUGUAGAAUUUAGCAGAGCUUAAGUUAUCCUGGUUACUUAGUACUCGGCGUUACCCUGGCCUGAAGCCAGUAAGCUUUUCGAUUACCGGGAAAUAUGGUUUUAUGUAGUUUUGUAUUCUCGAUUAAGUUGGUGUAUUGUAGCUCGAGGUUCUUUGAAAUCUUUCCAAGUUUUGAAUAUCGCUUAUUACUUAUUGAACUACUUCUAUUAUCUAGAGAAAACUUUGUCUUUAAUGUUCUGUACCAUGUACCUACUCUACUGUGAAAGUUUUAAUUUGUUACUGGAGCCAUACAAGAGUACAUUUUAUAAUACUGUAAACGAUUGGAUGGCGUCUGCUUAGACUGGUAAAUGUAUUUUAUUUAUUUUUAUA